CUGCCGUUUUUCAGAGUAGGCCUAAUACGCCUUUGCUCACGCAAUGCUGCUCCUGCUGUGCCAGCAGCCAUGACCCAGCAACGUUUCAUUUCGGGCAAGACAAUGCGCGGCGGUCCCCGUGUCAUCACCCAUAAACCCUAUCCCUACAAAGAAAAGGAAUAUGGCGUUUUCCAGUCCAUGCUAGACAAGACGACCAAACGUUUACAUGAAAAUUCCAAAAUUAUUUGCGUUGAGGGUCCCAUUGCCGCUGGCAAGAGUAAAUUUGCCAAAGAAUUGGCUGAGGAAUUGGAAAUGUUGUAUGUUCCCGAAGCCAAUAUGGAUAUGGUGUAUAUCAAUUCCUAUGGUUAUGAUAUGCGUAAAUUGGAUCCCCAAUUGCCUGAGAACUGCCGUUCCUACGAUGUGGUGAACUUCUGCAAAGAACCUAAUCAUUCUUUGGCUGCUACCUUCCAAAUUCGCAUGUAUAUGUUGCGUUUUGAGCAAUACGUUGAUUCGUUGGCUCAUUUGUUGUCCACCGGCCAGGGUGUUGUGUUGGAUCGCAGUUGUUUUUGAUUUGUCUUCUUGGAGUCAAUGUACAGACAGGGUUAUAUUUCCAAGGGUGCCCGUUCGGUCUAUCAUGAAUUGACAAACACCAUCAACGAAUUGUUGAGACCACAUUUGGUUAUCUAUUUGGUGCCCGUUGAUGCUGUGAAGCAACGCAUUAAGGCCCGCAACAUUGACUACGAAGUCAACUCUAAGGUCUUCAAUGACGCCUACUUGCGUGACAUUGAAAACAUCUACAAGCAACAAUACUUGAAGGACAUUGCCUCUCACGCUGAGCUCUUGAUCUACGACUGGACCGCUGGCGGUGAGACCGAGGUAGUAGUCGAAGAUAUCGAACGUAUUGAUUUCGAACGUUUCGGAGAUCCCUUGGAAAAGAAAAUGAAAGAUUGGCGUUUCCACGAGGGUGAAUGGUGUGAGACACGCAUUAAGUACUGCAGUGGAAAGCCCGAUUUAAUGAACUACUUCAAUGUGCCACGUUUCGAUGUACCCGAAUUGAUGCGUGAUGCUGACAGUGGCAAGAAAUGGCGUGAUGUGUGGUUCAAUGCCCCCGGCAUGAAAUACCGCCCUGGCUUCAACGAGGAUAUGGGCGACAGUGGUUUGCUUACCAAAACUAAAACUGUUUCAUCAUAAUCCGGUUUAAAUUCUAUACGAUGUAAAGCAAUUUGUAUUUUAGUUAAUGGAAAACCAAUUUAAAAUCAAGCUAAAGAUGGCUGAAUUAAGUCUUUAAAUAAAUAAAUAAAUCUGUGUUAAACAUUCUAAGAAGUAAGAAA